AUGCCCCCAAAGUGCAAUGAUCCCAAUGUCUUUACCAUGGCAUGCAAAUUGGGGAAUCUUUAUGUACCUCGAGCCAUGCUUGAUCUAGGUGCAUCCAUAAAUUUCCUAUCAUAUUCUAUCUUUAAAUCAAUUGGUGUAGGAACAUUGAGCAAAACCGGUGUGAUCAUCCAACUUGCUGACCGGUCUUUGGUACAUCCAAAAGGUGUAUUGGAGGACGUGUUAGUGCAAGUUGAUGAAUUUGUUUUCCCGACUGAUUUUUAUGUCUUAGAUAUGGGAGAUGAUGACUCUCCAAGUUCAAGUUCCAUAAUUUUGGGUAGACCUUUCCUUAAAACUUCUAAAACAAAAAUUGAUGUCUACAAUGGAACUUUAACUAUGGAAUUUGAUGGUGAAGUUAUCAACUUCAAUGUUCAUGAAGCAAAAAAGGUUCCUUCAGAUGUUCAGUCUGUCAAUCUUGUGAAUUUGAUCCAGCCCUCAACUAAAAAGGGCUUAAAUUUGUCUAACAAUGAAUUUCUGGAGUUAGUUUUGUCACAAAAACUAGACAGGGACAAAGCCAAGGAGAUUGCAAAGGAGUUCGAUAUGAAUAAUGAGGUGCUGGAGAUUUUGGAGUUUAUUGAUGACAAGAAGCAUAUAAGGACUGAUGAUAUGAAACCCAAGCCACCUAACACGAAAGCCAAAUUCCUUCCACCUGUGGAACAAGCACAAGAUCCAGGAGCAAAACCUCCACCGGACCCUUUAAAGCUAAUACAUGUCGAGAAGGAGAGCACUCAACCGGUCAUCAACUCAAAUAAACUAUCGAAGAAGGAAGAGAGUGAGUUGAUAACCCCGCCGAACAAAUACCAAAAAAGGAUUGAGUGGACAAUCUCUGAUAUUAAAGAGUUAAGUCCUUUUUGGUUUAUGCACAAAAAGAAAGCCAAAGGAAGGUUGAAGGUUCCGUUAAAGGAGGUGGCAAGAAGAUUGAUGUGCUGGAGAGGCCCACAUACUUAG